AUGACAAUGCAGAAAAAGCUGGAUCAGUUGUGUGAAGGUGAGACUCCUGACCUGGGUGAUCUGGAAGAGUCUGAGAGGGAAACAGUCCAGGCCAUACUGGAUCUUGUAGACCAAUGUGUUGGGAAGGAUGAGGACGAGAUCAGAUCCUCACUUCUCAGUGCCGUCCACCUCAUUGUCAGUGCCAUGGACGGAAUGACAGAUGAAGGUCUCUCUGUGUUGGGAUCCUGUUGCAGUCCUCCAGUCUUACAGGCCCUGCAGAUCCUGGUGCAGCAUGUGGCAGCAGGGAGUGGGGAGACCCUCUCUCUGAGAGAUGCAGGUCUGGCUGUUCUGACUGAGGAGGAGCUGUAUCAGAGGACAGAGAGUCUCUUUGGUCACUCUGAAGUUACACUGAAGAGAGAGGAGGACACACUGAGGACAGAGAUGAAGGACCAGCCUGGAUACCUUCCUCUAGUCAUGAGUAUCACUGUGAAAGGCCUUUUUAGUUUAAGCUGA